GCCUCUUCCCCACCGUCUUCAACACUCGGGUCUCUCCUUCCCGGAGAUAUAUUUAAGUAUGUUUCACUGAGUUUGGGCUCCUCGCUCUCCGUUUCACCUGUCUGUGCAGAUCGAGGGGGGAGGGACAAAGGCAGGCCUCCCUCGGUGUGAAGGAUCAGGACCCUCCUUCGUUGGAAGCAAAGCACACAGAGGAUAUGACUUACAGGAAGUGCGCGCAGUAAACAGAACGGCCGUGAGAUGAGAUGUGCAGCGAAGUUGGCUCCGCUGAAGAGAGCACCUGGAUACAGAAGUUGCAGAGCCGUAGGAUCUGAUCAACACAGCAUGUCUGCUGAAGAUAUCUCAUAGACAUAUCUUCCAUUUGUCAUUAAAGAUGGGCCCACGAUUGACCUGAGGAGACUGAUGGGGGGCCCUGUGGAACGUCUGGUCUAACAUAGCAGAGCGGAAGCCCCUGUUUAUGCUUGCAUGUGAGAAGCGGAUGUAAAACAGCCCCGCUCCGGAGGAAACAUUCGCCCAGAGACACUGAAAAUGACUGAGAAUCUGUAGCCCAGAGAAUUGUGUACCUACUUUAGACGUUGAAUCACUGUUUCAAUCAUUUUAUUCAUGACUCGUAUGAACAAUGCAGGGGAGUAAGAAGCACACAGACGGACAAAGUGACUCCUCCAGUAUUGGAAGCCUCCUGGAUGAGACAGACAAAGAGGUCUGCAGCCUCACAGACCGGGCUUUCAAAAGUCUCUGCCUGGACGAACUGGAAACGUCCUACGCCGAGGCAGGUCCGGUUGCUUCGCCCCGCAUUCAGCAUCCGUUCUCCAGCAAAUACUUCCAAGGGCCCCGGAACCACGCCCUCAAGAAAAACAUUGCUUCUAACAAGCUGUUGCCCCAAACUGAAGAACAUUCGACAUUCCAGCAGUUGCUAAAGGACACUCCAAAAGAGAAAAGGGCUUUGACAAGCAGUAUCCCGAACAUCAGGAGGAAGCUGGGCUUGCCGGUGCCCAAUUUGCACCAUUAUAAACAUACCUCAAAAGUGUCUUCUCUGAUAAAGACCUUUGAUAAGGCUGAGAACCAGGACGCACCAGCCACAGCGGCCCACCCAGUUAAGAACCAUUUGCCAAAAUGUCCAUCCAUUUGUGGAGCCGACAUGGCCUUUUGGGGGGGCAAAACGAUUCUGAACAUCCCGAAAGAACUCUCCGAAUUUUCAGGGGCAUGCCAAAACGUGGGAGGUGUGCAAGCCAGGCAUGAUACGCACAAGAGAUGCCACAACCCGAUGGAUCUGUUCGGUCAAGGCCCGCCUCGUUACUAUUCUGUCCCGGCUGUCGCUUCCAACCUACCACAGUCCAGAAUCUCUGCAUCCUCUAAAAAGACAGUGAAAAAGAGGAUAGGGAAGGCAAAAGAGACAGCCGAGAGGGGCAAUUUUCUCCACAGCGAGAACAGUGCUUUCGAAUCCUGGAAUGCACAUCAUAAAAAGCUGGGUGGGAUGAGGGGAUCUACUGAACUGAUGCCUCCCGAAGCAAAUCUUGCGUACUUGGAAGAAACGCCUUGCUUCAGAGAGCCCUGUACGCCCGACGGUCAGCUGUCUCCCCUAGAGACUGCCGAUUCUGUCGUUCUAGAGGAGGACGUCUCCUCAGAUGCGUUUCCACAAAACCCUCAACCCAGAAGCCCCCUUUCUCCAGCCUCUCUGUGCCAGAGCCCUUCUCUCCCACUCUCUGCCGCCAGAGACCCUCUCAUCUUCAUACCACCUUCUUCUGGCCUCGCAGUGUCUGAGGGCGGGAUCCCAACCCCACCGCCCCUCCCGUCCAACAUCCCUUUCCCACGAGCGCUGAGCCCCCAGGCGGCUGCUUCCCCAGCACCAACGCCCAAGGCUCCCAUUCCACUCCCCGGCAUGCCUCGGGGGCCUCUUUUGCCCAAAGCCAAUCCCCACAGUGCCGACGCACAUGUGCCACGUGUCACUUUGCAUCCAGAGAAGACAACCCGUUUGGAACGUGAUCCGGAACUGGGGAAGGCCGGCCCGCCCUGGAGGAGACAGAAGGCAGUCCGCAGGGGAAUGGAGGUGGGAGCAGACUUGGCAGGCGAAGGGCUCGAAAUGAAAGAUCCCGCGCGAGGGAACUCCUCAGGCGCCACUGCCUUCGCUGACAUGGCCGCUCCUGAUUCCCACGUCACCGUGCCCGAUGCCUCCAGUCCAUCCUUCAGCAUCACACAACUCCUAACGCCACUCAUCCCGCCCAAGCGGGAGAAAGAACCCUCCGAAAGCCCCUUGUUGGUGGCAACGCCUCCCCUCUCUGAGGCUGAAGCAGCCCAAGAACUUCAGGAGAGAACACUCCAUGGUCCUCAGGACAAUUAUAAGUCUAAAGCGUCGAGCUUGUUGUUCAACCUGAAGGACAUCCGAAAACGUGUCAAAAGCACUUAUAGUCCCUCUCCUCUCCUGAGGGCCUUUGAAGACAAAAAGAAGAUCAAGGAACCAGGCAGCCUAAAAGCAAGUGUGAGAAUUCUGCUGGAAGGAAGCAGUUCCAAAGCGGCAGAGAAUGAUGAGGCCGGGAAAACGUGCAGCACCCAGGAAAAGACGAGGACCACCCACUUCAAGGGGCCUCUCCAGGGCAAUCGCCGGACUUUGAGCUCACCACCGUCAAAGGCAGGCAGCUCAGGUGAUCAAAAGAGAAACCCUUUACAGCAGGAGGAUUCCAUGGAUUUUGAGGAUGGUGAGUCGGUCUCAGCGGAUGAGUUCCACCCAAAGGGUCACAGCCCACGUCAGUGUCCUCCUUUGUCCCAAUCUGAGCAGGACACGUACCUGCAAAACGUCAGCUCAUGGGAUCCCAAAAACAGGAAGGGUGCAGGCGUGGGACCCCGUGAGUCCCCCAACUUCUUUUUUGCAGCUGAAGAAAACAUGCAUGGCAGCGAAAACCAGGCCUGCCCGGACAGUGGGACUGAGCAGAAGGACAAAAGGAGCACGAGCUCUUCUGAGCAGUCCUUCGUCUCCAUCGUAGACCAGCCACCUCACGAGGAGUCCUACUCUCUGAUGCAGCUCUUUCAGAAAGCGUGCCUUCAGGAGAGCCAGAGGAACAUGGACAAGGGGAGCGUAGAGGAGAAGCCCAGCGACAAAGAAGGAGGGGAGUCCGGCAGGCUGGAGGAGGCCUCGCACGGCCACAGCCUCAGCAACUACGACUCGAGCACAGAUGGAAAGAGCGGCAGGGAAGUGGAGCAGAGGGAGGAGGAGGAGGAGGAGGAAGAGGAGGAGAUGCUGCAAGAACGACUGCGGGGAGAGAGGAGAGAAGGCAGAGGGCAGAGGCUGGAUUUGGCUUCCGAAGAGCCGCUGACACCCACUCCGUCCAGUUCUUUCAAGCCCAAUUUGUUCAAGAUCAAAGACAACACAUUCAAGUCACCCCCGGUGAUAAAAGCCGUCAAACUGCCUUUGUUCAGGUCCUUGUCCUGCGACGGUGCCAUCGCAGGUGGUUACAGGGAGAGCGAAAAGCAGGCCUGCGGGCCGUUUCGAACCACUCCGGUGAUUCAAGAGACGGAUUGGCCUUUAUCAAGGAACCGAAGGCAGCAGAGGACAUGGAGGGCAGCAGCGGAAACGGAUAGGGAAGGAGACGAGUCGGGAUAUCGUCCGGCACGAGCGGGCGGUCAAAGGGCAGGAAAAGGCAAACUGGCCACAGACUCCACUGUCCAAAAAGAGCCAAGGAGCUUUUAUGAACAGCAGCCGGUGGAAGAUGACGAAGGAGCGGCUGUUGCCCAAGGGACAGUACAAAACGAGGAUAAAGACCGCGAGGAACGACUGAUCAGGGACAAAGAAAAAGCCAGAGCCAGGAAACUGAGGCCGAGUUCCACCAGUCAGUUACAUCUCGAAGGUGACCUAGUACAAAAUGAGGCAAGGGAGAAGGCAAAUUAUUAUAAGCAUAGUCUCUCGUCCAAACGCAGAAGUGGCUCUUGCGAGAAAAAAGUGAUCACUCGGGAGUCAAGAUCUCCCACGGCCUCAGAGACGCAGGCCUAUUCUCCCGCUUUCAGCGAUGCUUUCGGAGACGCUCUGUGCACCCCUAGCGUAGCAAGCUCCACUGUGCCAAGUCCAAGAUCAGACAGCACAAUGCAAUCUGCCUUCACAAGUCCCUUGUCAGACGCAGCUGCAACCUGCAGCACAGCGCAGGCUGAGAAAGCAGCGGCUGCCUCUUCGCUGCACAGGGGUACGUACGGCGAAGAUAACCCUUCCGUGGCAGAGACAUCUGGGCCAAUGCAGGCAAGUCAGCUCUCCGGACACACCAAUGGCUCUUCUGUGACAAAUGAGAGGCCUCGGCUGAUGAGGCAAAUGGUGAAGACGGCAGCCAAGCCCCCUGCUGUUCCACCCAAAACGGAAAAGGCAUUACGGCGGGCAAAGAAACUGGCAAGCAGAAGGAAAAAGGUAGAAACACAGCAGAAAAAGUCCACGGCUGAAUCUGUACUGCCCUGCGAAGAUAUCACACCCUUUCCAACGCACCUUAGCUCACCUGUGACGCCUUCCAAAUCUCACCAGCUGACGUUGCCACCCAUCCCCUCAAGUCCCACGCCUUCUUCUCCUGCAACUCAGCGUAAACUCCUCCAGGAUCCCGACUCUGGAGAAUAUUUCAUGGUGGAUCUGCCCACCCAAUUCAAGACUUUGUAUGAUCCAGAAAGCGGCAGGUACAUUCAAGUCUCGCUUCCGUCUUCCAAAAGGGACUUGUCCCAAACGCUGUCUUCAGAGGUUCCCGCUCCUCCUUAUGUCCUGUGCCCCAGUGAUCUCCCCGCCAGAGUUUCAUCUGUUCCCGUCCGGGCCUCUCCUUCUCAGUUUUCUGAACCCGCUUCAUUUGUGGGAGGAGCCUUUUCGGAAUCAGCUCCCGAUUGGCAGCAAGAUGGCUGCUAUCCAGAGUCCCUGAACAAUCACCUCUACCUGGAGUCUGCUGUAUCGGAGGAUCACACGCAAGAGGCUGACGGGCCACCCUUUAACUUUGAAAGGGACGACAAGACUGACAUUAUUUCACUCGGUGCCAUUGAAGAUUUUGCCGUUGAAGGGAUCUCGUGAGGACUACUGCCGUUCUUUUAGAAAGGCAGACACCCACCUUCACAAAACACCUGCGUUAAUAUCAGUCAAUACUUAAAAACAGGGCUUUUUUUUGUAGAAAAAGCCCAGCAGGAACUCAUUAGCAUAUUAGGCCACACCC